AUGGCAGUCGUCGUCCUCCUCCUGGUAGCCACUUUGUCCAUGACUGCUGAAGCUUUCAUUGGUGGCUAUGGGAUUGGUUUCCCUGGAUACGGCCUUGGCAUCGGUAAAUAUGGAUUUGGUGGAUAUGGACUCGGCGGCAUGGGAUUCGGCUAUGGUGGGCUCGGAUACGGACUUGCUGGCUAUGGAUAUCCUCUGGGUGGUAUUGGAUAUGGUCUGGGUGCAGUCGGCUAUGGUGGAAUUUACGGUAAGCAUGAAUCAUUUUGUUUACAGUAG